AUGGCCGACCUGGACACAGUGACAGGAGCACACAUAUCGGGCGGGAGUGAUGUGAUCAAGAAAGUGUUUUCAAGAUUCCAACUUGAACCUGGCCAGUCCCCGGAACAUGUUCGUAGUAAUCAGUCUUUCAACACCGCGUAUGACUUCUCUCAUCCACGGAGAGGAAUGGCUAUUGUCAUAUCUAAUGGGAAAUUCCAAUCAAAUGAACCCAGAACUUACACAAAUGUAGAAAUCUCCAAUAUGCGGACGAUGUUCGAGAAACUUGGCUUUGAAGUGCUGACGUUUCAAGACCUGAGCAAAAGGCAAAUGGUUUCAGUUCUGGAACAUGCUGCUAAACUGCUGAAUUACCAUCUCCAGUCUGACUGCUUCGCUUGUGUUAUCGGUUCUCACGGAGCAGAAAUACCAGCACAUUCUGACGACAAAUCAGCUCACCUUAAUAGGAAACAUGUCAUUUUCGGAACUGACAAACACGUGGAUACAAAUAGCCUCACAGAUUUGUUCAGCGAUGACAAGUGUCCCGGACUUCGUCACAAACCAAAACUCUUCUUUAUUCAAGCAUGCAGAAAGGAUUCUAGUACAUCUCCUACAUCCGGAUUAGAUUUAGGAACUGACGUUGACAUCACUUCCGGCCAACACCCUUCACCUACCCACGUCCCUAAAUUUGCAUUUUGUGAAUCACGGCGAAGGAAACCUGAUACUGUUUCACGUCAAGGAUCAUCAGAGAAAAACAGUACAGUAAACGACGAACACUUAAACAUGGCCGCUGAUAAUAGUUGGCAUAAUAACUUUCUCCAGAAUGAAAUAUUGCCACUUAAUGUCGAAAUAAACCCAAAAUCACCAAAACACAAUGAAAUGCUGGAGAAAUCAGUGGGCGAAAUGAACCUGGAGCCAACAAGAGACAAUGAAAGGAAUAGUGAACCCUGUGUUGACCCGCUGCUUCAGAAGACGACUGACGAAGCAGAGCAUCAGAAGCGUGUAUCGAAAUUCAGUUUGUCCAAGUUCUUCAAGUGUAUUGAUGAGCAGCUGUCGCCAAUUUGCAGAUCAAAUUUUAUGAUCAUGUAUUCAAGUGUAGAAGGUAUGUAUUCAUUUGGUAGAUCAAAGGAAGGCAGUGUUCCCUCAGAACGUAACCCAGUAGUGGGAGGUUUUCUGCUGCAUUCUCUCUAUACACUGAUAGUACGGGAAAAUUUGUUUUUCCUUCAAACAACGCCAGCCGGACUGAACAUGUUAGAUGUCUUUACGCGGGUUAAUGACUUUGGUUCAAAGAACAUUCUCGCAACGGUAGAACUACAGGUAGGCGAGAACGAAGAAGACAAGCAGACGUUUCACGCGAAGUCGGUAUUUACUUUAGAGCAUCGACUCACGGACGACGUCAUAUUCAAAUGCAAAAAUGCAGAAUAACAGUUGGACAGUUUUACGCGGCGUCUUAACUGUUGGAACUGUCGACCUUGAAUGUUUGGAAAGUAGAACGAGGCACCUUGAAUGUUUGGACUGUAGGCCUAAGCGCAUUGACCACAGGGACUGUAAAAUGAGGCACCAUGACGGUUUCAACUGAAACGAAGCGCCUUGAUUUGGGAUUAUGAGGCACCUGUUAUCUGUUAUCACCUCUGCACUUCUACCCGUGAUGCAUUUCCGCCCAACACCUGUGCCUAACUAUUAACUGAUCAAAGGUGCAAAAUGGCCGAAAGGCGGCCAUAUUAGAUUUUGACUUUGAAAGGUUGUUAUCGCUAUUUCUCGAGAACUAUAGCAUAGAUCUUUCUCAGAUGUCAUGUGUAAGUUUUCCUUGAUCUCUAGUUGUGCCUGUCUGAUUCUGGUACUGAUCAGAAAAAAACAAAAUGGCCCACCAGCGGCCAUCCUGGAUUUUGACAUCGAAAAUUUGUUCUUGAGAAGUUCUAAUAGAUCUUUCUCAAAUUUCAUGUAUAGGCUCCUCAUGGUCCCUGGUAGUGCCUGUUUCAGUUUGGAACUGAUCAGAAAAACAAAAUGGCCGACACGUAGUCAUCUUGUAUUUCUCCUAGUAAAUAUUGUAAUCCCUAAGAAGUACCGAAUGGAUAUAUAUAAAAUUCCAUACGAAUGAUCCCAUUUGUGUCUCCUUUCACCAGUUUGAUUUUGAAAUUAAUCAGAAGAAACAAUGGCUUUGAGGCGGCCAUUUUGGAUUUGGGAGGUGAUCGCGAUUUCUGCAUAGGAAUGUUCAAAUGUCUUACCAUCACGAGCAAAAACAGAGAAGAGAGGAGAAAAGAAGGGAAAUUAUCAAACUUUCAAUUAUCAAAUAAAGAUCAAACAAUAGUGGGCGCCAAGAUCUCUCUGGGAUAUCUUGUUAGUGUAAGCUGACAGUUUGAUGAGAUGCACGUAUUAACCUUGGAGGGAGGAUUUUAUAUAGGAAAAUUCAAAUCUUCAGUGUAAUUUCUUUUAAUUCAAACUUGAUUAGAGCAGUUAAUGUACGAACAGUUUGCAUUAUAUAUAUAAUUGAAAAAAAUCAAAUCAACACGACAAAUGUAUUCCGCUAACGUUUUCAGGCCUAACGGCCAUCUUCGGGCGAUACAUUUAUUAUAAUGUCUAAGUAACGACAUUAUGACGUCAUACACAAUACAUAAUAGAAUAAGGGGAGAUAACGUUAUUGUUUUCAGUAUAUAGAGAUAGCAUUAUGAGCGCUUCGUUAUCAAUCAAAUAUCUGUAAAAUAUUGUUUAAAACAUCAGCUUGCAUUGAGAAUUGGUUUAAAUAUUUUGACAAUCAUUUCCUCUUUACCAAGUCUUUUUGUCGUACUUGAAUCGGCCAUUUUGUAGAAAGGAAAACAUUAAAAUGUUCCUUUCCUGCAUGUAUCCAAGUGUUCACUAAGCGGUAUUUUCCUUGUCUUGCUGUUUUUGGACCCGAACUCUCUCACUAAGUGCAUUUCCUGUUUGGCGGAUGUAGUGCUCCUUGCAGACAGACUAUUACAUAUAUAAAAUUCUUACUUUUUCAGUUUUGAUUAUUAUUAUUAUUAUAUAAACUUUAUUUGUUUUUACAACAAUUGCGAAACAAGUUAUUUAAACUUAUACUAAUCACUCUUGUUGGCCCGGAUGUAAGCGCGCGAGGGGCCUUAUUGUGGGAGGAAACCGGAGUACCCGGGGAAAACCCAUUAUUAUUAUUAUUAUUAUUAUAUAUAUAUGUAUCCGUAUAAUUUUGC